GGGUGAUUGUGCAGUGAAGCGUCAUUCCAAUUUUUUUUUUUUUACGUAAAAUUCUUAAGGGAAGUCAAAGGUACAGGCACACGUGUUCUGAUUGAAUUCUAGUAUUUUUCACGUAUAAAAUGAAGAGAAAAAGACGAUCUGUUGUUAAAGAAACAACUAUUGAUGAUAUGGAUGACGAAAGCUUGGACGAUUUAAAUUAUUCAACCGAUGAGUACACAAAAGAGGAAGACCGGGCUAUAGAAAAUGUGCGAAGGAAAAGAGUAUCUGAAAUUGUUGAUAGCGAAGAUGAAGUUUACGGGUUCCAAAAUGAACAUUCUGAAACUGAAGAUGCCAUUGAAGAAGAGGAAGAGGACGAAAACAAUGAGUCCUCCAUGGGGUCUGACAUCGAGGGAUUAGAAAAGGAUGACUACUUGCCGGAUGAAAGAGCAUGGGGACAGAAAAAGCGAUCUUAUUUCUCUACAGAUUAUGUAGACCCAGAUUAUGCCACAUUAAGCCAGAAAGACAUAGCCAUUGCCGAGAUGGAGGAAGCAGAAGCAAGGAAUAUUCAAAAAAGGCUAGCGGAACAGUUAGAUGAGGCAGAUUUUGGGUUUGACUUAAUUCAGACUAAAAGUAAUGAAACGGAAACUAAAGAAGGAGGUGAACAAAUCGUAAAAACAGAUUUAAGUAAAUUAAGUAAGAGACAAAAACAAGAAUUGAUGUACAAUGAAAGCCCAGAAUUUUUAACCCUUGUUCAAGAUUUUAAGGCUCGUUUAACAGAAGCCAAUAACAUCUUAGGUCCAUUUUUGAAGUUGAUGAAAGAUGAAAAAUAUCCGCAUUGUCAAGCAGUCACUUUCAUACGAACAAAAUAUGAACUUGUACUCAAUUAUUGCGUUAACGUUGCAUUUUACUUAAUGCUUAAAGCAAAAAGAAUUUCAAGUGCUUCUCAUCCUGUUAUUAAGCGGCUGGCACAAUAUCAUCAACUAAUUAAUCAACUGGAAUCUGGUCAAGGAGAUUUGUUGAGUCGUGUUGAGGAGAUAUUACAUGCCAAAUGCGAAGGUUUUAAAUUAUUCAAUGUCGCAGAUAAUUGUGAUGUAUUAAGAAAGAAAUCAAAAAGGGUUUCUAAUUCUCUGGAUGGCAAACCAGAAGAUGUUAGAGUGGAAAGUAAAAAUAUUAGGAAAAGGAAAUCUGAAUCUGUAUUAAAUGAAGAAAUUACUAUAAAGCAAAAAAUACUUGAACAAAAUGAUUCAAAUGACGGAAAUAGUGAUGUAGAUGAUGAAAAUAUGGAGCAAUGUAUGACUGUUGAUACAAUUGAGGAAAAGAGAGCCAUCACAUAUCAAAUUGCAAAAAAUAAAGGAUUAACACCAUACCGAAAUAAAGAAAAGCGCAAUCCAAGAGUGAAGCAUAGAAACAAAUAUCGUAAGGCAAAGAUUCGUAGGAAGGGAGCGGUUAGAGAAAUAAGAACAGGAAUUAAUCGUUACGCAGGAGAAAUAUCUGGCAUUAAAGCAAGUGUCAAAAAGAGCAUUAAAUUGAAAUGAUUUUUUUUCUUAAUAAUUAAACUGACCUACUCUAUGCUCUAUCCUGCUGUACCCUGCCCUAUUGCAUAAUUGUAUAUAUAAAUAUAUGCAUAAUUUUGCAGUUGUGUAAUCAAUAAAAAUAUUGAAUUGAAA